UGUUACUGUUGUGUCAGUCCUUUCGGAGCAAAGAGUAUUUACUUGCAGAUACUCAUAGGCUUUACAUACACACUUACAAUGACCGCGGAUGCUAUAGACAGUGGCUAUCAGUCUCUCGAGUUCUAGCCUAGGCACACCUACUCGCAAGUAUAAUCUGCGUUACACAAAGAAUUUGUAAUCUGCAUCUUCAGAUGCUUUCGCUUCUGCCGUUUUGCCAUUGAGCAGCUCCGAGCUGCAACUUGCUUGCUCAUGUUUACCCCAAAUGGCAAGCUUCACUGCAAGCGAGACUCUGCCGUCCACCUCGAUAGCGGACCCAUUGAGGUGUCCAGCCUACAUCUUGAUCCCAAUCGAGGGUAUAAUGAGGAUCCCUUGGGCAGACAAUCAAUGCGGGCAAGUCAUAGUUCUGAGCCGAAUGUCAACUGUGAUGGCGAUCAUUUCGAUAGGAGAUUACCCCCGCAGAGCAGUGGCAAUAGAGAAUAUGAGGAGUGCCACAACCAGGAACAUCGAAAGGUUCGUUUCCGAAAUGGCGGCAGAAGUAUGUGUAGGAGUAAAGACACGCUCACACGUAAUUCCGGUAUCAGGAACGGAGGAUGCUUUGAUGAUGGGAUCAGCUCAGUCAGUAGUGACCAAAGAUGCGGCUGUUUGCCAGGGCCUCCGAACGAGACUCUGGAUUAUGUUCUUACACCGCCAGAGCGUAAAACAACCCCAGAUUUCAUCAACACUCCACCAGAGUAUAAGUCAUCAUCGAAUUUCAUCAAAGCGUCUCCAGAGUACGCCAAGGGUCAUGCUGGACACUUUUCACAUGGUAAUCAGUUGUUGAAUUUAAGGGUUGCUUUAAACGAGAAAGAGCUACAACUUGUGGAGCUCCGAGAACAACACAUUACUCUCCUCAAUCGGGCGACUGAUGCACGUCAGAACUGGGAGGAGGCUCUCAAGUCAAAAGACAGAGUUAUAUUGCAGCUGAACAGGACACUACAACACAUGAAAUCUCAGCUUGACAGGCAAGAGAGAGAGAAUCAAGAAAAUUUACAUACUCUAAAGAAACGACAAAAGGAAGAGAAUGCGGAAGCGGAGAAGAAAGAUCACAAAGUGGCUCUUUUGGAGGCCAAAAAUGCACAGUUUGUGCAGGAGUUGGUAGAGCAGCAGAAGCUCAUCACCAGAAUGAAACGACGCAUUGAUGAUAAGGAAAAUUUGUGCUCAAGUCAAUUUCAGAAGCUAGAAAUGAUGAAUGGAAGAGUGCAAGAUUUAAAAGCAGCUCUACAGGAGAAGGAAGAGGAGGCUAACAUGCAGUCAAAUUACUGCAAAGAAGUGAAAACCUUGCUGUGGAAGCGUGAUGCUAUAAUUGCCCAGUUGCAACUUUCGGAGCAACAACUUCAGUCUAGUUUAGCACGAGAAGAGGCCGCCCGUGAAGCAUUAGAAGUGUCCCGAAACAAGGUGCAAGACGAAAAGAUUCUUGUCGAAAAGAGACUGUCGGAGAUGCAUAAUCAGAUAAAAGCCCUUGAAAGUGGAGAUUCUUGUGAUGGCCAGCAAAGAGGACAGCAUCGAUCUGAAACGAGGAAAUUAAUGGAGCUGAAAGAUGACUUCAGCAAUGUUCAAGAAGGUGCUCUGAAAGACUUGGACGAUAGAGAAGGUGUGAUGCACAGGAUCCAGAAACGCAUGCGUGAAUUACAAAGGUCUUUACGAAGCAAGGAUAACGCGCUAAGUAAUAAGAAUAACGAAUACCGGCAGGCUCUUCAGGAAAUUGAAAGGCUGACAAAGGAGUACGAGGGUCUGAAGCAAGAAUUCGAAGACGUUAACAAAAGAAAUGAUGAGCUUGAGACUGCGCUUGCCCAACUACAGGAUUACACAGAUGGACGAAUGGCUGCUUCGAUUUCUGAAGCCUUAACACCUCCAGUAGAAGUCCUACCCUACGAGUUUUCUCAGGGUGGUGCAUCUGGUGAAGGGUUCUGUACUGGGGAUCUUAGAAUUGACGAUAUCCUGCUAGAUGGCGUGGGAUCAGAGCAGUUGUCGAAUGCCAGUGUUUACCAUGCGAAUUUUGAAAAGAUUCAGAUUAUCGAAGUUGAGAUGCCAGACAUAUGCUCACAGCAGCGUCAAGUGCUGCCGAAGCAAGAGCAGCACGAGCAGCAAGAGCAGCAGAAGUCUCAAGCAACCUCUAAACAUCUUCAUCAUUCUUUUGACCCUCCCCCUUUAAGUGUCCAAACUCUACCACCUGCUGGUCCAUCUGCUCCUGAACAGCUACAACCGACUGCAGCACAACCACGAGUAUUAUCUCCUCUGGAACCUCCCCGUAAUGUUGAGGGAUGCUGUUCUGAACUUGACGCCAAAUAUAAUUCUAUUCAAGAUGAGAUUUUGAAACGGGAACAGUGCUGGAGAAAGACGGAGGGGCUAAUGCGAGCAGCAUUAACACGACGUAUGAAACUGUUGGAAGAAUCCACAGAGGUUAAUACGUCUGAGCUGCAGCCCGGUGUUACAUGGUCUACACAGACGGGAUUGAAAGUACAUGACAUAAGUGGAAAUUACCACAAUCUAGAGAAAGCAAAGUUGGAGCAAGUGGACCAUACAGAGCGCAGGAAACAGAUGUACGAUGAAAAUUGUCUAAAUCACUACAUGUCGCAACGGAAAGUUUCGCGUGAAGAUGGUCACAAAUACCAUGCACCAGACAGUUCCAGGGGCCAACGACAAAACUAUGGGCACAACAAUGAACAUGGUCGUCGAAUCAACAAAGAUGUUGAUCACUGCAAGAAAAUGGAUAACCCCAAUCAUAGACGAUGGCAUGAGGAGGGGGUGACCCUUGACUGGAGGAAGAGUGCCGAUCGGAAUGCUCAGUUAGAGGACUGUAAGGUCUCCGAGCACUACGGUCAUUACGAACGGAAUGGACAAAGCGGACGAAAUAUUCGAAAAGGGCGGUUCCCAUAGCUAGCUAUAUUCAAUAAAGAAAAGAAGCAUCUAAUUUGGCAUUUGGGACGACUGAUAAAACAUCGUUCAACACACCUUCAAAUUAUCAUUAUAUCUUAAUGAAAAAAAAUGAGAAGAAGCCCUUUCUUCAAGUUGCAGAUAAAGAACCGUUAAGAAUACGGUUCAACCCCGGGACCCCGAAUAGAAUGCCUGCCUUGUGACAGGAAUGCCUCUGGUUCUGUCUGAUGACGGAAGAUGCGUAAACUCUCUAAAAAUCUCUUCUGUAAACAUGCUAAGUUUUCCAGUACUGAUCCAAAAUUGGCAACAAUAAUGAUAAGGCAUGGUCCAUGAGAAAUAUGGAGCAAAAAUUCUACAAGAGCAUCACUGAUCAUCUGAUCCAUCAAUGGCAUACUAUGAUCAGAGCAUAAACCUGGUUCUGAACUUGAAAGAUUCUGGCACUUUGACAAGUUUGAGUGAAGACAGGGGUUGAUAAGAUCAGAAAAAUUGGGAGGACUUCAAAUUUAGAAAAAGGAUAAGAAAAUCCAAUGCUGAAGGGCAGGAGUCUGGAGCCACUAGUCCAUAUUUGAACUGAUUGGUGUAGCUUAUUACCAAAGAACUGGUGCAUGUAACUUAUAUGUAUCUAAUCUACCUUGAUGUCUUCAACUCC